AUGGCCAUCGAGCCUGAUACUGUCCUGUCUCGCCACAUUAACUUUCUGAAAUCUAAAAUCAUGGAAAUCAACGAAGUUCCUGCCAAUAGCGGUGGCAUUACAUAUUCAUUCAAGCUCCGCAUAGCAAUCUUCGCGUUCCUAAUCGCAAAUUUGAUUUACAAAUAUAACAAGAAACGACAACGAGAUGAUUGCGAGUAUUUCCAGAAAAAUUGCCUGGCCAAAACCUAUGAGGUCAAACUCCUUGGAAGGGUCGGAAUCUACACGACAGAUCCAGUCAAUGUACAAGCAAUAAUCGAAGGCCCUGUCGAUACGCUACUGGCCGAACUCAAGAGCUCAGCGAGAGGUAUAGUAGACUUGCAGCAUUUCUUCUUCAAAUUCACGCUGAACACAACUACGUCGCUUAUCUUCGGUGAACCUUUCGUGGGCCUCGAUCCAGCGGAGAAUGAACAGUUUCAAACCGAUUUCAACUAUUCGGGCCUCAUUACAGCGAUCCGCGUCCAUCUCACAGAAUGGCAUUGGCUUUAUAACCCAAGUAAUUAUAAGAAGUCGUGUUCGAUUGGUAAAAGAUAUGCCAUGCAAUAUGUCGACCAUGCACUCAAAGAUAUGAAUCAAAAUGGGACAGAAGAAGCAUCUAAACGACAUCAUUUUAUCAUUGAUCUUUAUCAAGAGCUCCGAGAUCCAGUCCUCACUUUACGCAGUAGUCCCCAGGGUUUCGCUUUGAGAGAGGCGUCAUACGGCAUCAUUCGGAUUCUGCAGACUUUUCCAAAUAUUCGUUUGCCUUCAAAUUGUGAAAUACUUACCCCCGGACGAGAAAAGCAGGCUCUUACUCUUGUUCUUAGAAGUGGGAAGGUUGUAAUGUUGUUCUGGAAAUAA